UUCAAAUUAUGAGCAGCGGUGAGUAAAUGGGGCAAUGUGGAUGCCGAAGGAAAGGUAUUGGUGAAAGUAGCAUUUCGGAAGUCGUAUUUUGGUGGAUUUUUUGGACAUUAUGGCGAAUUUAGUGGAGUAAUAAAUUGCCAAUACAAUGAUUUCUAUUGUAUUUGGCAUAUUUUAAGCUCUUGAAUAGUUUCAAAAAUCAACGAAUGAUAAGUUCAGAAGGUUCAGAAUCUUUGAACUUCAGAUUCAUGGAAACCUGAACGGAUUAUGAUUGGUCGCUUUUAUGUAAAUCAAUGAGUCUACCUGAUUCAACUUGUCGAUAUAUUUUGGCAAUUUGUAAAGUUAAUUCCACAUUUUUGUUAUCCGAUUUGCCUACGGGACCGUAUUGUCUGUGGCUAUGUCGCGUGCUUCCGGUGGAUUCGCCACAGCGGAUGUUAGAGCCACUGCUAUUCUUCAAGAUUAUUUGUAUUCAACCGACCCUUGCACGCCCGGAGCGGAUGUGCAUCGAAGAUGUGGUCGGACGUAUAUGGCAGAGUGCGGAGAACCCCCGUGCGGCUUCGACAGGCCCAAAUACCUCAUCACUGCUCUAAUGGCCAUGUUCGUGGUCGGCGUUGUGAUCGGACUCCUCAACUGCUUUGGGCUUUAUAUCCCCGUUCUUCAAAAAGCGUACGGACUGGGCUACAUGGAAAUUUGCUUCACGGCUGCCUUAACGUAUGCAAUUCUUAUCAAAACUACAACCCUGUCGGCCUAUAUGAUUGGCUGGGUGGGUCACAGAAAUACGGCAUUGUUCGGGAUGAUUCUCUUUUUCAUUGGAAUCUUAUUGGAUGCAUUUACAAUUCACUAUGCAGUUUUUUAUGUCGUCAAUCUUGGAUUUUUUGCAAUUGGAGGUGGCUUGGCUUAUGGCUCUGCAAUGGCGGUUGCUGGCGACUUGUUUCGAAAAAAUUUGGCAACGGCUAUGAUACUUGUAUCAAUUGGAAGCUGCCUGGGCACAAUAUUAUUUUAUUGGUGCAACUUGUUUCUUCUUUCUCGGGUUAGUUAUAGGUGGACAAAAUUGUGCCUUGCUAUGCUAGUCAUUCUGUUUACCGGAGCUACCCACCUAUUUCCAAGUUUCAUGGUUGAUAUCGAAUGUGGACUAACAACUGCAAAUCCCAGUGAUAACCAUGCUCAACGAGACAAUGAAAUUAAGGAUUGCAUUGCUCAAGCAGCUAAACGGAACCAGGCGAAAAAUCCAUCUCGCCAUCACGAGGAAAGAUCUUGUAUGUGUGUCUGCGUUUGUGAUGUUGCCUUGUGGUCGGACUGGUCCUUUGUCCUCUGGGGGUUUUGCGUCUUGAUCGCGACAAUGGCUCUCUUUGUGCCGUACAUGUUCAUCCUGGCUUAUGCGGAGACCGUCCCCUUGAUACUUUCCCCGUGGUACAUCACCAUGCUCUGCAUCGCCUCCGCCAUUGGUCGAAUCGCAAUUCUGGUUGGAGUUGACUUCACUUUCGACUAUAAACGCAACUUAUUUGUGGGCUCUACAGUUGGAUCCGGAAUAUUGUGGCUCAUCCUUCCGUAUGUAGACACAUUUGGCUGGCUGGUUAUUUGGGGUGGGUUAAUUGGGAUAAUCGAAGGGUUGAUAGUCUGUUGCAUUCCCCGGUUGACCUUGCUGACCAUACCACGACCCUGGAUUGAGAACUCUUGGGGAUGGAUCUUGUGGUUUCAUGCAAUCGGAGUUUUUAUAAUCACCAUGUUUGUUGCAGUCAUUUCGAGAGAACUCAUGGAUUUUUUUAUGGCGUUCACUGUGAUUGGGAUUUUGCAAAUUAUUGGAGGUCUGAUGGGACUGCUUUUACCAAAUGAGGAAGAUUGUGAGGAACUUGGAACUGAAGACUGCGAUGAGACAAAUCCAAAGGCGAGAAAAGAUCAGAGUCAAGGAAUCGACUUGGUCUCGUUGAGGGCACGAACUUUUAACACUGUGGGUUCGUACCCCCGCUUGGGAAUACCUUGCUUUGGAAGCUCAUUUGGUGGAAAAAGUAUGAUGCCCGAGUCUGGAAAAAGUUACGGAUGCUGUUGUCCUAUUUGUAAAGCAACGGGAUGCAUUCCUGAAUGUCCUGGCUGCGUUCCUGGGGAAUUGGCAGGGAUUUCUUUGAUAGGCCCAUGCGGAGGAGCUAACGAUGUUAAUGCCCCCAAUGGGACAGUACCACCAACUCCAAGUGGGGCAUUACGGAAGGUUCCCUGCCCUUCAAAAAGCAAGACUAAUUUAGAACUAGAUUCGCCUAGUAAAACCCAAGUUCCGGCAAAUGUGCCUUUACAACAAGACCCUCAAGGAGGGACUACAAAUAAUCCCCCUGAAGAUGGAGGAGUCGUUAAACGGACUACAUAUGAAAUUAGAAAAACAAAAGCUACGCCAACCCAAUGAAACAUGCAUAAAUCAUAAAUGAUCUGCUUUUGUAUUUGUACAAUAUUCAUACAUGUAUAAGAAAAAGACGCAACAACGACUCGCACAUUAACAAUGAAUUGAUGGCACACACGAAGGAUAAAAUAAGAGGAAGGUAAAGUAAAAAAAAAUAUUGCCAGGAAAGGAACACACAUUAAUAGGGAGGAAGUCCGUCAUGCAACAUAUGCCCAAUAAAUAUGUACCCAAUGGACAUUUCGUUCACGAUUGACUUUACUUACUCCCAUUAGCACUAUCCAAACAUAGCAGCUUUCGUGCAUGGAUAUUAAAUUUAUUUCCGUUAGUCGAUUUGUUUAUGUUUUCAUUCGUGAAUCCAGUGUCAGUUAAGGUGUAUAACGCAUGACGUAUGUAAUAACUAAUAUGUCUUUGUUAUAGAAAAAUGUUCAAAAAUAAACGACAGCUGAAGCCA